AAAGAAGAAGUAGUAGUAAACAGAAGUAAAUAGUGACCAAUAACCAUUUCCACGUUAGCGGUUUUAUUGUUAUUUAGAAAUGUAUUAACACCAUGGAACUCAAAAUAUGACUAAUUUAACAGCACAGCAUUACAUACUUACAUCAGGUAGUUUUUAAUUUGCGUUGGAGACAGGACUUGGUUGAUAGAUGUUUUUUAGCUAGCUAGGUAGCCGCUAACAAUAAUGGCUAACUGUAUGGUUUUUCACACUCAAAUAGCCUCCAUCAUGGAGGUGUUAGCGAAUGCAGCCGUGGCAGAGAUCUGUAAACUCGUAGACGACGACUAUGCAGUGUUCCGUUUGGAAAUGUCUCAAAGCCAGAAAGAAAACAGGGGAUUGCGGAGGAAACUACAGCUAUUGGAACUAAAGGUGGCACGGGAGCGCGUCCUCGCCAGUCGUCCCAGUAGUGUCAAGAUCCUCGACCGAUACAGAGGAAUGGCAAGAGGUGAAGCACAUCUCACUGGAGGCCACAGGAGCUUUGUGAAGCCAGCGGAACACAACACAUGGAGAGAUGACCAACCAAUCACUGUUGAUGAGGGGAGUGGAACCUCAACCCAGCACGUUAUUGUGAUAGAGUCUGCAGAGGCUGCAGGUCCUGGAGUCAAGCAAGAGAGAUCUGAAGGAGAGAAGGACCCACGGCACAGCAGAGACAUCCAGACUGAAACAGCGGCUGUAGCGCCGGAGGACCUUACCGCCGCGCCCCAGGCCAGGACCAGACACAGCAUCUUGGAGGAGGAGGGUCCAGAGGUGCUGCUGGUGAAGGAGGAUGGUUGUGAGGAGGGUCUGGGGAACACUGAGGGGAACCUGGUCAUGGAGGACAACCAGACUACACCUCCUCCUGAACCCACAGAGGAACCAGCUGAGCUGCACAGGACCACACACAGUCUCACUGAGUCAGUAGACAUGGAGGAUGGGAAGCCUGAUCUGCUGCUGGUCAAAGAGGAGAUGAUAGAAGACGAACCAGAGAGCAUUGACCUGAGUGGACUAAAGAUGGGGGAGCAAGGUGGUUGGCUGGAGGCUAACAGAGGAGACUGGGCGGCCGUCUUAGAUUUCCAGAUCCAGACGGGUGCAGCCAAGGGCCCAGGGGACAACAUUACCGAGCAGGCCAGGACCAGAGGUGACAUAGUGGAGUCUGCAGUCCAUGAGGACCAGCUGAUGUCUGGUGUUGCUGACGGAAGAGACUGGACAUCUGAGGUGGGUGGUCACAAACCCUGGCCCCGGAUCAAAACCCUGGAUCUGGAGCCAUCACUCUUCCUUCCCGAGUCAGAAUUAGGACCCAACCGUGAGGGACAGGGACUCCACCACAACCACUACACAGAACACAACCAGUGGACAGGUGGACUGAACCACCACAGUCCUGUUGGUCAUCAGAGAAACAGAGGUUCCAGUCUGCAGUCUGGGGCUGAUAGAGAUCAACCCUCCUGUUCCUAUGAUACAAACACCACAGUAUCCAUGAUGAACAGAGCAGGUCACCCUGGGCUUCAGCCUUCACAGAGAGUGAUGGGAGCCCCCCCUGGUGGUAGUCUAUCAGCAAGUCUGUCUUCUCCUUCAGGGCCUCGUCCAAUGCCUGGUGACUUGGUUCAUAGAAGGCCUGGGUCUAGCCUUCCUCACUUACCUCAGGUUUACCCCACCAAUACAGACAGUGUCAGGAUGGGCGUUCACCAUAAGAGGUACCUAGCCUAUAACACAGCACACAAUUCCAACAACACCCAAACAAUGGCUAGAGGUCAAGGAGGGAGCUCAAAAACUCAUGCUUCUACCUCCUCUGGUGUCAUUGGGUCACAAUGUGGGAGGCCGAGCAUUAGGUCAGACGCCGACAAGCCUUAUGCCUGCCCCACGUGUGGGAAGCACUUUGCUGAGGCAAGGUAUGUGAAGCAGCACCAGACUGUUCACACCAAGGACAGCUUCAAUUGCAAAUUAUGUCACAAGAGCUUCUCCUUCCUGAGUAGCCUUAUCAGACAUAGGAGUGUCCACAAUGGGAAGAAAUCGUAGCAGUGUGUCUUGAGAUGUACAUUAGGUGAUAUCUGGGAAUAAUUCUUUAUCUGACAUAUUAUAGUUAUCAUGUUUAGUGUCUUGGGAUAAGAGGGUAAUUAACCACAUACCCCUUUAACUUUGAAUUAUUUAACAGGCUUGUGUUAAUAACUGUUUUUUAGAGAGAUAGUAAACCUAGGCUAGAACAAGUAUAGUUCAAUAUUCUCUGGUCUGAUGAAACCAGGUUUGAACUCUUUGGCCUGAAUGCCAACCGGCGCGUCUGGAGGAAACCUGGCACCAUCCCUACGGUGAAGCAUGAUGGUAGCAGCAUCAUGCUGUGGGGAUGUUUUUCAGUGGCAGAGACUAGGAGACUAGUGAGGAUCGAGGCAAAGAUGAAUGGAGCAAAGUACAAAGAUCCUUGAUUAAAACCUGCUCCAGGGCGCUCAGGACCUCAGACUGGGGCGAAAGUUCACUUUCCAACAGGACAAUGACCCUAAGCACACAGCCAAGACAAUGCAGGAGUGGCUUCAGGACAAGUCUCUGAAUGUCCUUGAGUGGCCCAGCCAGAGCCCGGACUUGAACCCGAUCAACCAUUUCUGGUGAGACCUGAAAAUAGCUGUGCAGCUACGCUCCCCAUCCAACCCGACAGAGCUUGAGAGGAUCUGCAGAGAGGAAUGGGAGAAACUCUCCAAAUACAAGUGUGCCAAGCUUGUGGCAUUAUACCCAAGAAGACUCAAGGCUGAAAUCGCUGCCAAAGGUGCUUUAACAAAGUACUGAGUAAAGGGUCUGAAUACUUGUGUAAAUUUGAUAUUUCAGUUUUAUAUUUUUAAUAAACUAGCAAUAAUUUUUUUUUAAAACUGUUUUUGCUUUGUUAUUAUUGGGUAUUGUGUGCAUAUUGAUGAGGGGGAAAAAACUAUUUAAUAAAUUUUAGAAUAAGGCUAUAAUGUAACAAAAUGUGGAAAAAGUCAAGGGGUCUGCAUACUUUUGGAAGGCACUGUAAAGGCAAAGCUAGAAUGAAAACGGAAUUGCGGCGGCAACUACAGGUACCGGAACUGAAGGGGGCAUGAUAGCGCGUCCUCGCCAGUUGUCCCAGUACUGAUAAAAUAAUUUUUCUGGGUGUGCGCCAGCUCAUGUUUUUUAUUCUAAGACAGUCGACCGAUACAGAUGAAUGGCAAGAGGUACAUUUAGCAGAAGACAGAUGAAUGGCAAGAGGUGCAUGUCACGUUCUGACCUUAGUUCUGUUAUUAUAUCUUUGUUUUAGUAUGGUCAGGGCGUGAGUUGGGUGGGAUGUCUAUGUUCGUUUUUCUAUAAUUUGGGAUUCCUGUGUUCGGCCCAGUAUGGUUCUCAAUCAGAGGCGGCUGUCAAUCGUUGUCCCUGAUUGAGAAUCAUACUUAGGUAGCCUGGUUUCACUUUUGAGUUGUGGGUGUUUAUUUUCUGUCUUUGUGUGUGUCUCCAGACAGAACUGUUUCGAUUUUCGUUCGUUCACUUUAUUGUUUUGUAUUUCUGUGUUCAUUUUGAUUUAUUAAAGAUUACAUCAUGAACAUUUACCACGCUGCGCAUUGGUCCUCCGAUCCUUCUCGCUACUCUUCCUCAGAAGAGGAGGACGAGAUCCCUUACAGUGCAUAAUGCCCCAUUCCCCUCGGUGUAUGUU